AAACAACGUCAUUUGCGAUCGCAUUUAAAGAUCCACGCGACGCCGGAUCUGAUCAUUGUUGUCCUGUGAAGAAGCAGACACAAGAUGGCUACUACCCAAGGACCAGUGGGCAUUAUCGACCCGUCGCAGCUCUUCCGCCCGGAGAAGGUGUUCGACGGGAAGCCCGUGGAGGCGUUCCGCGACUACACCAUCGACGACAAUGACCCCAUCAGGAGGCGCGUGCGCUUGACCUACUACGACAUGCACACCUAUCAAAAUGUGGACUUUGUCAAGAAGAAGAUGGAAAAAUGGCUGAAAUUCAACACCUUCAAGUCCACCAUAAAGGACGCUCUAAUUAAGCUGAACGAGCUAGUGGACCAAUCAGAUCCUGACUCCGACCUGCCGAACAUCGUGCAUGCCUUCCAGACGGCCGAGCGUAUCCGCCAGGAGCACCCGGAUAAGGAGUGGAUGCAUCUCAUCGGGCUGAUCCAUGAUGCGGGCAAGGUUAUGGCGUUCUACGGCGAACCUCAAUGGUGCGUGGUUGGCGACACCUUCCCCGUCGGCUGCAAGUGGGGCAAGAGCAUCGUCUACGGAGAUGACAGCUUCAAGGAUAACCCUGAUUCCUACGACCCUAAAUACAAUACCGAGUGCGGCAUGUACUCGCCGAAGUGCGGUCUGGAGAAGCUGAUGAUGUCGUGGGGACACGACGAGUACCUGUACCACAUGCUGAAACACAACAAGUGCAAGUUCCCCAAGGAGGGGCUCUACAUGAUCAGGUACCACUCGUUCUACCCGUGGCACGCGGGCGGUGACUACCAGCACCUCCUCAAAGAGAGCGAUAAGCAGAUCCUCGAUGCUGUCCUGGAGUUUAACAAAUACGACCUUUACACGAAAAGUGCCGGCGUGCCCGACAUCGACGCGCUGUGGCCCUACUACGAAAAGCUCAUCGAGAAAUAUAUGCCCGGAGUCCUCGAGUGGUAGACCAAAACGUGUCUGACUAAGGGCCAUCCCCAUCCCACACUAGCGUCUGUCAGCGCUAUGGAUAAUGGCGUCGCCGCGCAGUUGCGCCAACGUAGCGUCUAGCAGCAGCCAUAGAGACUAAACGGCGACGCUCGGGAGACGCUAGUGUGGGGUGGCUCUAAAUACACCUGUCAAAACCCAACCUUACGAUGUAUGAUAUAACCAAAACUCACUAAUUACUAUCACAAGUUCAGAGCCAUAUUGAACCGUACGGUAGUGCCAAAACAAGGUUGUUGGUUUUUGUUAAUUUAUUUUUUUUGCAAUUAGUGAGAUUGGUUGCCACCUAUUAUAAAUAAAUAUGGGAAUGCAUUUCA